UAGGCUGAUUAUUAUUAUUUUUUUGCACUUUUACAGACGACUGGCUGAUAGUGUAGUGUAAAUAUACUUUAACAAAAACCAAAAGAAUGUGAAAAAAUUGCAACAAAGUAUUAAUUUAAUCAUUAAAAAAAUAUAUAUCAAAAGGCAAAUUAAUACUGGAAAUAGGAAAAAGAUAAUUUGUGAAGACUGGCCAUUGCUUGUUUCAAGUCCGUACAAACGUCAAAUCGAAGGUAACAAAACUGUAAUAAAGGAAGAAGGAUAGACUGAGGCCAUUGAGCACACCCACUUAGCCAGAACCGGCUUAUACCUCCUACCCCAAAGUCAAAUAUUGUAAUAAUAUUAAUUUCGUGAUCAUGUGUGGACCUACUCCAUUGGUGCUAAUUCUGAUGCUGUUGCUCAAUCGUGUAGCCGGUAAUAUCAGUAGCAAUAACAAAGAUGAAGAACCGUCGUCGCUUACAAAGGCUGAAAAAUAUUCCGCUUUUUCUACACCAGCAUUCUAUGCAGAAUCAGCUAGUGAUGAUCUGCAAAGUAGUUUGCGAUUUGAACCACCACAUCUUGAUUUCGGUGCAGCGUGUCCGGUGGGAACAGCACGGGCUCACACAGUAACGCUAGUUAAUCAAAAUGAAAACCGUAGCGUGUAUUUGACAUCUGUGUCUGGACGCACGCCUACCUUUUACUCAAGUUUUUUCGAGACAAAAGUGGUGCCGCCAAGGGGCAAUACUACAUUUAAUGUGGUUUUUUUACCGCGGGCACAUGGCAGCGUUGCAACCGAUCUACUAAUACAUACUUCUUUCGGUCAAGCCCGGUUAAAAGUACGAGGAGAGGGUAGUGAUUGCCCUUAUAGACUGAAGCCGUUAGUAGGCAUUAGAGCUCCUCUUAAUGCAACACUAACGCCUGAAAUACAAAUGUACAAUCCACAUAGUAAGCCGCUUCAAAUACUAGAGGUUUAUAGCAGUGGGGGUCAAUUUCAGCUAGAACUUCCGAGUGGCGUUCAGGAAGGGCCACAAACACUGUGGGAGAUACCGCCAUACGAAACUAAAUCCGUUAUACGUAUACGUUUUCAUGCGCGAACGGUAGGUAAUCAUACGGCCUACAUACGAAUUAAGAUCUCCGAACAGGCGAAUAACAGCGCUAGUGACAAGGAAGAAAAUCAUGGGAAUGUGUUAGUUAUACCAGUCGAGUUCGAAAUUUUGCCAAAACACGGAUUGUAUGCACAGAAUCCCGUGGUUAACUUCGGCCACUUCUCCACUGCCGCUAGUGCGGAUGGAAUAAAAGAUGGUAAUAUUAAACCAUUACAAAUUAAAUUACAAUUGCACAGUUCACAUACGCGUCUACGACACAAGUUACUCGAUUUUACUCUUCGCAAAAUACCCGGCUUAACAUUUGAUCCAAAAGAGGGAGUUGUAUCGCUCGAAACAGAUUUAUUUAAUAGCACAACUAUAUUGGAUGAAGUAAUGAUUUUGAGAAGCACACCAUAUACGCCUCAUCAUGAUAGCUUCUCAAACGUACCACACGAAUUCACGGUACUAAUACGAGCGAAAGUAUUUAAGGGAAGGUUAUAUUAUGACAGUAAUUCAACAAAUUUUGUAACCCAAGCGACUCUUGGAACGAGAGGUGGUAAUAAGCGUAUCCUGAUUGUGCGUAAUGACUAUGAAAUACCUCUAGCUUUGCUAAACGUAAGCCUACCACAAUAUGAUGAAAAUAAUCGGGCUUUACGCGCAGAAUUUAGUAGUGAUUAUCUUAAAGUCGUAAAUGUUACUGGCUUUUUGGUACUUCCACCGGGUGGUUCUUUGGCAUUGUUGCAACUUCAGAUGCUGAAUUCAAGCAUGACUUAUAAAACCACUUUAUUAAUACGCACUAAUAUCACGCACAUAGAGGUGCCGCUGGUGGUUUGUAGUGGUCGCCUACAUGUUUCCACAUAUGAUACAGCGCGCAUACAGGCUGACGCGUCAUACAGUGUGGAUUUAAAUUUGGGAACGAUACCGUUGGCAGAAACUUCACAUUGUGGUUACAUUGUGUUGCACAAUCGAAAUCCAUUAUCUAUCAAAUUGAACAACUGGCAUUUUGAAACACCCCAAGGGGUAUACUUUAGCACUUCCUUUCGUGGUUGCUUGCGGCUAGCUUCAUUACGAGCGUUACGCAAUGAUACUUUGAAAAUAGACAGUGCAAAACUAAAACUAUGCACUCAUAUGGAGGAGGGCGAUGUGGCAGUUUUCCAAGUGACCAUACAGUCGUACAUAACUGAACAACAUCAAUGUACAUUGAAAAUAUGGACAGCCUAUGAAGAGAUUCUUACAACUGUGCGCUUUCGUACAUGGAUUGGAAAGCUAGAAGUGGAUCAAGAGAAGCUUUAUUUCAGCCAUUGUUUUCCGGGUAAGCACUGUUCGGCUGAAUUAGCAAUACGUUCUACUUUUCAACAUCCCAUAUACAUCACGUCCAUAAAUUUUACUGAUUCUGGGCUGAAGUUUGAGGAUUACAAUGUCAAUGGGUCUAUGAUUAAAGGAAAUGCCACGACCACGGUUGGCCGGAUACACUUCGAACCCUCAUUAUUCUGUCAGCAGCGUUGCUAUAUACCCAGAGAUGGGCAUUCAAAUGCCAUAGCAUUUCCAAUUCCCGAAAAUACUGCUGGCGGCCCUAAUAACAAUCUUCAUUUUGACGAAACGGAACUGCGACGACGAACUGACUUGUUUCGACUUUUAAAGACUGACUUUCAAAAUAUUGCGUUCAUAUUGAAUAGCAAUGAGGUGCGACAGUUCUUGCUGCAAUUAAUAAUAGAUAUUGAGUGGCCGAAAUUUGUUGUUAAGAAACCAAUACUCCCCAGUAUAGAAGUGGGAAAUCCGUAUGAAAUACAGGUGAUAUUGAGUAAUCCAGCAGGAACGCCAGUGUUAUUGGAUUACUUUCUCGCUGAUCCUGCAUUUGCGAAAGAGACAGAGAUGACGUUGCCACUAGAAGUCGUUGAUCACGUACCAAACUGUUACCUAACGGAUCAAGAAGUAUUCUCUUUGCCGAACGGUGCACCUAGUCAACCCGUGCUUUUGCAACCCCACACGAGUAUGCCUGUCACGAUACGAUUACAUGCUACAGUUGCGGAUACCUACUGUACAUUGCUGCACAUUAGAAACAAUUUAACACUCUAUGAGGGACUUUGGGUAAGCGGAAAAGUGGUGCAAUCAGAAUUCCGUCUUGGGAAUCGUAAGCCCGGGUCAAAUGAAUCACUGACUUUUAAUCUUACUGAAAAACAUUUAUCGAGCUGUAAUCCAUCCCUUAAGCAACAUCAUUCACCAAAUAGCAACAAUAUGGUGGAAAAUCGUAAAUAUCCAAAGGUGAUGUUGAAACGAAAAUUUACUGCAAGAAAUACUGGGGAGAUUCCUAUUUGGAUCGAAUCGUUUCAAAUUGGCAACAAAAUUUGUUCUGGUUAUGGCUUCAAAGUCUUGGAUUGUAAUAGCUUUGCCCUUAAAGCGAAUGAAUCGAAAAAGAUUGAGAUCUUAUAUACGCCUGAUUAUACCAUGCAUCGGAUUACACUUCCUUUCAAAAUACACAGUAAUCUUUCUUAUGAUAUCGAGUAUACAUUGCAAGCUCAACUGCCACUAGAAAUGGUUGAAGAAUGCUCUGUUUUGAUAACUCGUCCCGAAUGGGAGGAACGCAUAGGCAAUGCCGCCAUCGUGCUCCUGGCCAGCACAUUCAUUUUUGUCCUUAUUGCCGCACACAUUGACUACGAUAAUAUUUUGCGUAUCCAAACGGUGUUGUUUGAGGCGCGUGACAAAGGUUCUGUACAUCCAACAUUUAAUCUACGCAAUAUUGCAUUGAAGGCCCAAAUAGCAGCGCAUGCGAAUGACGAUGAAUAUCAACAUGACACCUCAGUGCAUACCACGACGUCGAGAUGUAGUGGUAGCCAGCAACAAUAUCCCAAAGGCAGUAACAGUAGUAGCUGUAGUAGCAGCGGCAGCAACAGCAGUGGGGGAAACAAUACAAGUUGUAUGAAGAAGCGUAGCUUAAAACGACAGAACAAUGCGAACGGGAAUGUAACCUCAAACCGGGUUAGCUUACCGUGGUCGUUGGAUUUAAAUGCUUUCAAAAGCUGUGCAUCGUCAACAAAACCGCCGAAUGACAAGGUUAAUGUUAAUAGUGGUGCAAUUGACACUCAUUCGACUGGAAAUGAAAGUAGUGGAAAAAAGAAUGCUGCAGGGUCAGUACUUCAAAAGUCGCAUGCGCACAAUGAUAAAGUAGAUAGAGGCAAUAGUAGCAGCAAUAACAGCAGGAAACAACACCACAAUACGGGACAUGCGUCAACAACUCAGCUUCAGGCACCAACAUCUCCCCCACAACAGCAACAAUCACGUAGUUCUCGCAAGGCAAAGAAUACAGCUGCGGGACCAAUUACACCGGCUGAAAAACCUGAGCGAGAGGCAGCAAGCACUGCCAAUCAGAAGUCACAAACGAACAACAGCAGUAGCAGCAAACAUACUCGAGGAAACGUAAGCAAGUCGUCGUCUGGGGAUACGAACAACCUUGUAAAAGGAAAUUCUGUGGAUGUAGCAGUGCCAUGCAGUCCGCUAAUAUCGACGUUGUCGCCGCCCACGAAAGAAAUUGCAGCGCAAAGUGCUCUGUCCGGUGUAAAGUAUGGUAAAACACCAGGACGUGAACGCCGUAAAGAAAGCCAGAAUUCCAGUUCCGCUAACAUUGCUAACGACGGUUCGCUCCCUUCCUCCUCGGCCAAUUCCGGUGGCUCUUCAAGCGCAUCACGACGUGCUGAACGUAGAAGUCGGCAACGAGCGGCAACCGCAUUGCGUGCAUUAAAUUUUGGCGAUACAUCCGCAGUUGCUGCGACUACCGCAUCAAUACGCACGAGACCUACUUCUGGAAACGAUAACAGCGGCAGCGGAGGUAGCGGAAUGGGUGGCUUGUUGAGCUGCUUAAGCUCACCCUGGGAUACAGGCAGUCAGGCUACUUUCAGUGACGUAUUGCAAGCACAGCCCGUUAGCGCAGUUGCUAAAAAUGCUUUGAAAGUAAAUGAUCAAUCUAGUAUGGCUGUUGGCGAAAGUAGAUCUUCGCUUUUCUAUACAGAGAAGGAGAAAACGUCUCCAGAGCAAGAAUCGGACAUCGGUGGCAAGCCUUUGCAACAACAAUCGCAGGUUUAUGGACAGCAUCAAGGAGAUUUGGCUUUGGAAAAAAUGUGUAGCAUCAAUUCGACGGAACUGGGCCCCAUCGGCUCGAAAAAAUCACCAUCUUCGACACCAGUCUGGGAGCCCGUCAAUAGCAGCAGCAGCGGAAGUAGCAAUCAUAGCGGUAACGGCUUGCAAAUUCCUAAACCUAUUGUCUCUACCGGCGACUGUAGUUUCUUUUCGAAUCUUGAUUAUGAAGGGAGCCAACAACACCACGGUGGUGAUGCAAGCCUUUUCGCUAUGAAAAAGGCACAAAACGAAUAUUUCGAAUAUAUGUACACCUUGCGCCAGCAGCAGCUGCAAGCUCAAGUGCAGGCACAUGCACAAGCUCAGGUGCAAGCCCAGCAACAACAACAACAGCAGCAGCUGAUGCAAGGUGUAGAUUGGGCACGAGUCAAUUCUCGCACUUGGUCGCCAAUGGCAGCAUAUUUAGGACAGCAUGACAACUCUGGCCUAAGUGGUAGCGUAUUGGCUACAACUGUUGAUAGCGUAUCUUCAGCCUCUCUAUUAAUGAGUAACCUUGGUGCUUCUGUGGCUGGGGCCAGUAACGCUACAUCGUCUGCUUGGCCUAUUGCAACAACCUCUGGCACGUCGGCAAAUGGCAGCGGUAACGCCAGCUCGACAAUUGUGCGUCCACCCCCGGGCUUGGAAAGUAGUUUCCAAGGAAUCAGUAACAAUACACAACCAAUCGCAAAACAGCAACAGCAGCAAUCUUUAAAUGUUUCGUCUAAUGAUGGAAAUGGUUCUAUUACCGGAGACAUGCAGACAUUUGAUCCAUUUAGUUCUCUAAGCUCCAUUUGGUCAGAUAGUUGGCAGAAACGCAACAAUAGUAAUAACAGCAAUAAGAAUAACGGCACUUAAAUCGAUGAUCUCUUUUAUAAUAUGCGUGAGUUGUACUAAAGUUUGAUAGAGACUACAACAAAAUGAUUGGUGGGAGAAUAUAAUUUUAAUUCUUUUUUUUUUUUUAAUUACGUCAUAUUAACGAACCGCGUUCAAAGUAAACGGUUUAAACGGUUUAUAUAUAAAAUGUUCUAUAGCACAGCUAUGUUAGCGGUAAGCUCUCAUGGAAAUAUUUUCUAAAAUUUAAUGCUGUGAGAAAUUCGUUUAGAAAAGUAAUAUUAUAAUUAAUAAUUAGAUUUGUAUUUUGAAACUUGUUGCCAUAUGCUCACCAUACCAUUUUCCCUAAAAUAUGAUAAAAGAACAGGGAGGGCGAAGAAGUAACGGAAAUAAAGUGAAGCGAUCAAAAUUCGAAAUUCAUAUUGUACAAUCGAAA